CUUAUUACAAUUUCUCAGUGUCUUAGGGCAAAACGACCAAAGAAAAAUUAAAAUAGGUUUGCUCAGAAGUGCCGACCAGGAUGAAAGAACUGAAUGGUUCCAAAAUAAAUUCAAUUCAAUCGGAGGUGACGCUAAAUACGAACUGCGUGUUGUGCAACUCGAGGAUAAUUCCGAGGACAACGAUAAAAGUUGCAUAUCAAUAUCCAGUUUUACAAACAACUGUCACAUUUUAUGUUUCAGUUUGUAAUAUAUUAACGGAAGACGUUGGGUUACUUAUAGACAUAACAUGGGGUGGAAACGAAGCUGCCAAAGAGAUAUCCCGAAGGAUAAACAUACCGUACAUCGAAGUGGAUGAUUCAAUAAGUCCAUCGUUGGUUUUACUAGACAGGUUUUUGGAUUAUAGGAACUCGACGGAUGUCGUCAUAAUAUUCGAUGAUCCUGGCUAUGUGGAUCAAGCUUUGUACUUCUGGCUGGACACGACCAGAUUACGAAUGGUUAUAUCGGAACGGCUUGAUAAAGAUUCAGCUGCAAGAAUUAGAAACGUCAGACCUACACCUAAUAACUAUGCAAUUGUUGGAACUGCCAAGAAUGUCACAGAAAUAUUUAGAAUUGCUAAAAGAGAAGGCUUAAUUAAACUACCCGACAGAUGGACUUUAGUUUUUAUGGACUUUAAAGAUAACCUAUUCAACAGGAAGUUACUAAAUGGCGAACCAAUAAAUAUUAUCACUUUCGACGACGAAUUGUGUUGUAAUCUUAUUAACUCUCUUAAUUGCGCCUGUCCUGAAGACGUCAACAUACCAAAGUUAUUUCUGGAAAACUUUGUGGAGUUCCUUGUCAAAGUACUCGACCAAUUUAAUAUAGAAAACUAUGAUUUGGGCACGUUUCAAUGUGACACCAUCUCCAACAAUACAGAUUUAAGAUCAUUCUCAGAAAUUUUUGAUAAUAUUUUGGAUCAUGAGAAAACUAUUAUGAAGGAUGAUUCUGUGAUAAGAUUGAAAGUGGCAGGCAAUAUUGGACAAGGUGAUUCAAUAAGUGAAAAUGGUUUUCAAUCGAUUGGUACUUUUAAAGAUAACACGUUAAUUGUUCUUGAAGGAAAGUCAAUAUUGCCCGUUAAGACCUAUUAUAGAAUUGGAAUAACACAUGCAAUUCCAUGGUCGUAUAAAGAAAUCGAUCCAAUUACUGGACAGUAUUAUUGGACCGGAUAUUGUGCAGAAUUUGUCCACAAACUGGCCGAAGUCAUGGAUUUCAAAUUCGAUUUUGUUGAACCGGUAAAUGGAACUUUUGGCAAAAAAAUUAAUGGCAUCUACGACGGGGUUAUAGGAGACUUGGCCUCUGGGGAAACAGAUUUUGCAAUAACGGCCAUGAUUAUGACGGCAGAUCGGGAAGAAGUCGUAGACUUUGUCGCUCCAUACUUUGAACAAACGGGGAUUUCCAUAGUAAUAAGAAAACCAGUUAGGAAAACAUCACUAUUUAAGUUCAUGACAGUCUUAAAACUGGAAGUGUGGUUAAGCAUUGUAGCUGCUUUGAUAGCUACUGGAUUCAUGGUUUGGUUUUUAGACAAAUACUCUCCUUACAGCGCCAGAAACAAUAAAAAAGCCUACCCGUAUCCUUGCAGAGAAUUUUCUUUGAAAGAGAGCUUCUGGUUUGCAUUAACAUCUUUCACGCCACAAGGAGGAGGAGAAGCUCCAAAAGCUUUGUCUGGCCGCACUCUUGUGGCAGCUUAUUGGUUGUUCGUAGUGCUUAUGUUGGCCACUUUUACGGCAAAUUUGGCAGCGUUUUUAACCGUUGAACGUAUGCAGGCCCCAGUACAAUCACUGGAACAGCUUGCCCGACAGUCCAGAAUCAACUACACCGUCGUGAAAGACUCUUUAAUCCAUCAGUAUUUCAUCAACAUGAAACACGCGGAGGACACAAUCUACAGAAUGUGGAAGGAAUUGACCUUAAACACAUCAACAGACGAUCACCAAUACAGGGUGUGGGACUACCCGGUCAGAGAACAAUAUGGCCACAUUCUCCUGGCGAUAAACGAUUCGAAUCCGGUGAAAGACGCAGCUGAAGGUUUUCGAAAGGUCGACGAGCAUCUCGACGCGGAUUUCGCAUUCAUCCAUGACUCAAGCGAGAUUAAAUACGAAAUUAGUAGGAAUUGUAAUCUUACCGAGGUUGGGGAGGUUUUCGGCGAGAAACCUUAUGCCGUGGCGAUUCAACAGGGAAGCUAUUUACACGACGACAUUAGUAAAAUGAUCUUACUGCUGCAAAAAGAUCGUUUCUUUGAAAAGCUACAGGCGAAAUAUUGGAACCACUCAGCUAAGGGUGACUGUGCAGGAACUGACGAUAACGAAGGAAUUACUUUGGAAAGCUUAGGUGGUGUUUUCAUUGCAACUUUGUUCGGUUUAGCCUUGGCUAUGGUAACGCUCGCCGGUGAAGUCAUUUAUUACAGAAGAAAACGUAAGAACAUGGAGAAACAAAAACAAACGAAACAUCAAAUCUACCCGGAAAAACUAUUUGCUCCAAAGAAACCAAAAAUGGAAUCAAUACCUCCAUCUAUAACCAUUGGCACAAGUUUCAAACCAGUGGCCACAGUUACUGGGGGAAACACCGUGAAAAUGUCACAUAUUUCGCUUUAUCCCAAAGCAAGAAAUCGCAUAACACAUGUUAAACAAUAGUUAAUUAUUAUUUUAAUUUGUUUAUUGAACUUAUAUUUAAAACUUGAAGAUUCGAAUCAUCCUUUUUGUCAAAUACUAUUACCCGAUUUUUAACAGACUAUUCUUCUUCACAUAUAUUCUCACGUAAUGUAGAACAUUAAUAAAAUAUUUAUUAAAUGAAUAUAAAUCCUUCGUAGCUUACUAGAAUAUGUUAUUAGCUUAAUUAUUGUACGGAAAUUAAGAAAUUGCUCUUAUUAAUAAUUAGUGGAUUAAAAAAAAUAGAACUUGCACAAUAUUUAUAUUAAUUACAAAUGUAAUGUUGAUUUAUGUUUCACAGGAACAAGAUAAUUUAAUAUAGUAGUAGAUAAAUAAUAAAAUAAUUCAUUUGUUU